UCGGGGAAGUCACCGUCCUCACCUUUCAGUAGCUGGCGCCUGGGUUCCUGCGGACGCCCUCCGCGCUCUCGGCUCUGCCGCCUUCCACUGCCGUCCUGCUGCCCACCAUGGCCCUGCUGCACUCCGGCCGUGUUCUCUCCGGGGUGGCUGCUGCCUUUCACCCGGGCCUUGCGGCCGCCGCCUCUGCCAGAGCCAGCUCCUGGUGGGCCCAUGUAGAAAUGGGACCCCCAGAUCCCAUCCUGGGAGUCACCGAAGCCUUCAAGAGAGAUACCAACAGCAAAAAAAUGAACCUGGGGGUUGGUGCCUACCGGGAUGAUAACGGAAAGCCUUACGUACUCCCCAGUGUCCGGAAGGCAGAGGCCCAGAUUGCUGCAAAAAAUUUAGACAAAGAAUACCUGCCCAUUGGGGGACUGGCUGAAUUUUGCAAGGCAUCUGCAGAACUGGCCCUGGGCGAGAACAAUGAAGUGUUGAAAAGUGGCCGGUUUGUCACUGUGCAGACCAUUUCCGGGACUGGAGCCUUACGGAUCGGAGCGAGUUUUCUGCAAAGAUUUUUUAAGUCCAGCCGAGAUGUCUUUCUGCCCAAACCAUCGUGGGGAAAUCACACACCCAUCUUCAGAGAUGCCGGCAUGCAGCUACAAGCUUAUCGAUACUAUGACCCCAAGACUUGUGGAUUUGACUUCUCGGGAGCCAUAGAAGACAUAUCAAAAAUCCCAGAGCAGAGUGUCCUCCUCCUGCAUGCCUGCGCUCACAACCCCACGGGCGUGGACCCCCGUCCAGAGCAGUGGAAGGAAAUUGCGUCCGUGGUGAAGAAAAGGAAUCUCUUUGCAUUCUUUGACAUGGCCUAUCAAGGCUUUGCCAGUGGUGACGGCGAUAAGGAUGCCUGGGCUGUGCGCUACUUCAUCGAGCAGGGCAUUAAUGUUUGCCUCUGCCAAUCAUAUGCCAAGAACAUGGGCCUAUACGGUGAGCGUGUGGGAGCCUUCACUGUGAUCUGCAAAGAUGCCGAUGAAGCCAAAAGGGUAGAGUCGCAGCUAAAGAUCCUGAUCCGUCCCAUGUAUUCCAACCCACCCCUCAAUGGGGCCCGGAUCGCAGCAACUAUCCUGACGUCUCCGGACUUGCGAAAGCAAUGGUUGCAAGAAGUGAAAGGCAUGGCCGACCGCAUCAUUGGCAUGAGGACCCAGUUGGUGUCCAACCUGAAGAAAGAAGGGUCCUCCCACAACUGGCAGCACAUCACAGACCAGAUUGGCAUGUUUUGUUUCACUGGCCUCAAGCCUGAGCAGGUGGAGCGGUUGACCAAGGAGUUCUCAGUCUACAUGACAAAGGAUGGCCGAAUCUCCGUGGCAGGGGUCACCUCGGGCAAUGUGGGCUACCUUGCCCAUGCCAUUCACCAGGUCACCAAGUAAUCACCAAGGUGCAGGGGAACAGAGACCGCCUUUCCUUCAGCCUUUGCUCUUGUGAGGGUCAGGUGCAGGGGGAGGGAGGGUGGGUGGUGGUGAGUAGAUCAUGUUUUCGACCGUAGCACAUAACCCUUGGCGACUGAACGUGUUCCUCCGAAAAGAGGUAGGGCAGAGGCAUCUGCAGCUGGUAUCCGGAACUGCGUUGGCUCUAAACCAAACAUCCCUCAUCCUUUUGUCUCCAGCUUUUCUGAGAGAGUUUACACAAACGAGAAAAUCACAACACCAAAAACCUGUCAGCCAUGGCACUGAAAUAGAUCAGAAGCUUUACCUGAAGCAUCAGAUGGCAUUAGGGGCUCCCCUGUGGACUCAGCUAGGCUGCUCAUGUUAGAGGCUGUGAGAGAAAAACCUAGUUCUGUCAUGAACAGUUGACCUCAUGUUUGUCCUUCCAGUGUGGAGCAGCUCUGUCAGCAGAUCAUAUUGCAGAAAGCAUGUUCUACAGAAACCAGUCUGUUGCCACUUGAGCGAGGACAGUAAAAGAUGUUGUGUCUUGUCAACCUGUCUCUUCCUAUCAUUGCUGUUCUGUAGCCUAGAGUUUCAUCCCGUUCUACUGCUUGAUUGACCAUCAACCUUAUCUUAUCGGGAGUUAUUUAAGAAUGGAGAACAUAGUUAUCUUCUCAUGCCAUACCCUCCUUUCUCAGCAAAAACCACGGAGAGGAGGAGCCUGUGCUAUAUUUCAGUGUCUUCCUCUUCAGUCUUCAGUGGUGGGAUGGGGCCUCUGCCCAGCAAGACCUCUUCAUUCAUCCUGGCCGCACAGCCUGUCUCCUCCCAUGAGUCAGGCAGCGCGGGUAGCAUCAGGAGAUAUUCUGGGGUUUGUGUGCUGCCAGCCGGCCCAGACUCUGCCCUUUGGAAAGAUAACCACCAUCUGCUCUAAUCUGUAGACUUACUGCUGCCUGGUUUCUCUGUCACAAUAAAACUGCUACAGACCCA